CAACGGUUGCGUCCCACUGUAGUCGUACUUCGUUACUCCGUACAUUUGCCAGACAUAGCAGAGAAAAAAAAAGAGUGUUCGUAGACCAUACAAUAGAGUAGGUCGGGGAGCGUUGUAGAAAGAAAAGAGUCUGUGUGACUCGACUCGCCAUGGCUGAUGAUUCGCCCCCUCCACAGCAUAUUCUGAUCAUAGGCGCAGGUGAAUUCGGUCUGAGCACCGCGCUCUCCCUCCUCUCCAGACCGGCGUACAACGACAGCCGGAUAACCAUCGUCGAUGGCUCGCCGCAGCUACCGAACCCAUCCGGUUCUUCAGUCGACGCCAACCGUAUCGUCAGAGCCGACUAUGCGGACGUCCUUUAUUCCCGGCUCGCCAGCGAGUCGCAGCACUUCUGGCGGGACACGUCCGACGAUGGAUGGGGCGGCCAAGGACGAUACCACCAGCCUGGAUUCGUGCUCACCGCCGACGCCGGCGCGGGUGAAUACCUGGGUCAAGCGAUGAAGUCCGUACUCAGUGUCGCGGCCGAGGCGAGGGGGCUGGACUCACACAAGAUCCGGGAAUUACAUGGUCAGGACGAGAUCAAGAAAGCCACGGGAUAUAAAAAUGUCACGGGGGAAUACGGCUACGCCAAUUUCAACUCGGGCUGGGCGGACGCUGAAGCAUGCGUCGCGUACGCACUGAGAAGGGUACACAAAGAGGGUGGUGGUCGAGUGACCAUCCGUGGCGGCGCAAAGGUCGAGAAAUUGUCCUUUUCCGCCGACACCUGCACGGGCGCCGUGUUAUCAGACGGCGAGAGCAUAAGUGCGGACCUGGUCAUCCUGGCGGCCGGCGCGUGGUCACCUACACUGAUCGAUCUACAAGGCCGGUGUCUGGCCACCGGCCAAGCAGUCGCCUUCAUCGACAUCACCGAGGAAGAGCAAGCGGCCAUGGGCGACCGACCGGUCAUCAUGAAUAUGAGUCGUGGCAUGUUCAUCAUCCCGCCACGAGACAACAAGCUCAAGAUCGCCCGACAUGGCUUUGGAUAUACCAACCCGGUCAAGGUCCCGAGAAAGAAUAUACAACCCACCGUGACGGAAGGGGAUGAGUAUGUCGAAGUCAGCGUUCCCAUGACUGGUGUCUCGGUCCCUCUAGAAGGACAAGAAGCUUUGAGAGAAGCACUCCGAGAUCUUGUACCUCACAUGGCAGAUCGACCAUUUAUACGCACAAGACUAUGCUGGUAUUGCGAUACACCAACGGGUGAUUUCUUGAUAACAUACCACCCACGACAUAAAUCCCUUUUUGUCGCGACCGGAGGAAGUGGACACGGAUUCAAAUUCUUCCCCGUCAUAGGCGACAAGGUUGUCGACGCGAUCCAAGGCAAUCUCGAUCCUGUGUAUGCCCGGCAGUGGCGCUGGCGAUGUGACGAGGAUUUGCAGAAAUUAUGCGGCCCUGGGGGCUUCACGGGUUGCGAGGACGGUAGUCGCGCGGGGGGUAGGGGUAUGAUUCUAGAAGAAGAAAUGGCCAGGACCGAAAGCAAGAGAUGAAGUGAGAGAAUAAAAAAGUAGAUUGUACUCGGUACGUACAUACCCAAAUGUCCACUGGUACCUGGUACUGGUACGGGAUGUUCUCGAGUUGUCUUGACCUCUUGGACCGUUGCAAUCACCAUCGGGGAGUAAGCGGUAAGGAGAAAAACACAACAGCCACAGAGAGCAUCCGCACAUCAGUGAUACAAACACUGAUACUUUUUGUAUUUCCGUGAUGCGGACUUUUUUGUCUCGGAUCAAAACUGUCAAUGUCGUUUUUGGGUUUCGACGCAUCCCUCCCGUCAGUUCCCAUCAUUCCAGCAUGGUACAGUGACUGUGACGAGCUAGGUAGCUAGCAAAUGGCCAGCGAAUGCAUGAUACUACACAAUAUCGAGUAAGAGGCCAAUAGGUUUAUAUUUAUUGAAAUCGAAUAAGAUUACCUAAUUA